AUGCAUUCAUCCGACAAUAAACACACACCCAUGACGCCAAAGGCGGCGAGCAUUCCCCAACCACUCAAAAGCUUCAGCACAGGGACAAUUGGCACAGGCGAGUAUGGUGCUCUCACAGGAUUUACUCAGGACCAAUUGCUUGACAAUGAGUUUGGUCCGGUGUCUGCUGUACCGCAAGCAAGACGCAAGAAAGUCAUCAUCGUUGGGGGCGGGAUAAACGGAAUUCAACAGGCUACGGUUCUCCUCAACGAUGGGCAUGUUGGCCUGAAUGAUAUCCAGAUAUUUGACGCCUUGGAUAGUUACGGCGGGGUUUGGCAGAAGAACAAAUACCCCGGUUGCGCUUGCGAUGUACCAGCUAUGAUCUACACUACGUCGUAUAAUAUCAACAAAAAUUGGACCCAUUUCUACGCCCAGAGGGCUGAGAUUGAAGAAUACUACUACAAGUUCGCAGUCCAGUAUGAUCUUCCAAAAUGCACACAGUUCAAGAGCUUCGUCAAAGCGUGUCACUGGGAUGAAAAGCUCAUGUUGUGGCAUGUCGCCGUCGCCAAUAAGUUCACGGGUGAAGUCGAGCAUUGGCUCGCUGAUGUUGUUUGUCAGUGCGUUGGGACUUUUGAUCGACCAAAAUGGGGCACCACCCCCGGUCGAGAGAAUUUCAAAGGAGUUUCCUGGCACACUGCACACUGGCGUGGCGACUAUGACUUGAGGGGCAAGCGUGUGGCCAUGAUCGGCUGCGGUCCAAGUGCGGCCCAAAUCAUCCCAGAAAUCGUCGACAAAACAAGCCACUUGACAGUAUACAUGAGGACACCACCAGUGUGUAUUCCCAGAGGUGAUUAUGCAUAUUCAAGCUUAUUCAAAUGGGCCCUCAAAUGGGUUCCAAAGUUUGCUUGGCUCGUCCGAUUACGCAUGAACUUGCGCAUGAUGAAGAUGGGACGUAAGAUGGCCACCGACGGAGAUCCUGUUAACGAUGCAAUGACGCAGCAGGCGAUUCAAUUUAUGGAAUCUCAGAUCAAAGACCCUGAGCUACGCGAAAAACUACGUCCUAAGUCUAAAUACUAUUGCAAACGACCUCUACACCUUGAUCACUUCUACUCAGCUCUCGCGAAGCCAAAUUGCACUGUACUUCGUGAAGAUUUGGUUCGCUUCACAGAAAACGGAGUUUUAUCUUCAGACUCAAACACCAAGAUUGAAAGCGAGCGUAAAUUCGACGUCAUAAUCUUCGGCACUGGAUUUAAUGUGGCCCAAUUUCUGGAACACGAAGAAGUUCUCGGCCUCGGUGGUCUCGACCUACAGCACAAAUGGAAGGAACAUCCCGAAGCUCUUUAUGGUCUCGCGACCAGCCAAUUCCCUAAUAUGUUCUACUGCUUUGGCCCCAAUUCAGCACAUGUUUGGUCAGCACAGCAAGAUAGCUGGGAGCGACAGGCAAGAUUUGUAUCUAAAGCGGUGAAAGAGAUGGUCCAGCGGGAGAGAAAAGGGAUUAAAUUUGCCAUGCAUCCUAGGAGAGAUGUGGAAUUAGAAUACAACGCACAAGUACAGAGUCGGCAAUCUGGGACUUUUGUUUGGGCUAGAGAUGAUUGUGUGACUUACUACAAAAACGACGAUGGCUGGAACACAUUCACUAUGCCCUGGACUUGGUGGCAGUUCAGGAGGAUGCUGAGAAAGAUCUUUUGGAAUCAAUGGGAAGUAAUCGAGAAGCCAUUGAAGAUUUGUCAGUUUUAA